AUGGCUCCAACGAUAGACUGGCCAUCUUGGAGAACCAUUAUAUUGAAGGAGUACAAGAGACGGCACCAACAGAGCCUCGAGAAGGCCUCACAUGGUGUUGCUGUCCAAAUCAAGCCCAUGUACGAUCGUCUGAAGAUGGCAACCCAGAAAGCCGAGAAAGAUGCCGAGGAGGUGGGUUCCUGGGACAAGGAGCUGAGGGAAGUCAAAGAGAAGAUCUUGCGGCUUGACGAAAAGAAAGCCCGGGCGAUGAACUACAAGAAGACAGUUGAGCAGAAAAGAACAAGUCUGCUCUACGGUAUUGCCGAUUCAUUAGCGCUUAUGGAAUCAGGAAGUCGUGCCAUGAACAGCUGCAUUGUGGACCAGUACGCAAUUGAGAUGAGCCCCCAGCCCAGCAGCGCAAAUGGCGGGGCCCGAGUUGUGGUCGACAUUGACUGCCUCUCUUGGAGGACUUCACGUCGAGGGUCAAGUCCCAUGUGGCCUACAUGGACUUCUUGCACGAGCACUGCGAGACCGAGAACCGGCGCUGAACCGCCCUCUGGUGAGGAAUCGUUGCGCCAAGUGUCGCAGGUGACUUUGAAUCUUUUGUGCCCCAAUAGCUUCAGUCCAGAGCAGAGACCUGCCGACCUCACCACCGCAGCAGCGGAGGCGCCCCCCGCUGGUACAUCGUCGCAAAGUUCAAAAAGCAAUUCCAGCGUCGCCAAGCAGAGCACCAGCACAGUUGGACGUAGCAACGAACACUCCAUACCAGCCUCCGCCCCUCGCAACCUUAACAUCGAAUCUUUUUCGCUUCCAACAUUGCGGUUUCAGCCCGAGGUGAACGGUCCGCCAUUCACGAUCAUCAGAUACGGGAGUCGCAUGGUCCUGGUGCAUCUGGCUCUGGGGAAAAUUUGA